AUGUUAUUAGGGGGCCGCAUCGCUGUCGUUGGCUUUAUAUUUGCACUCACCGAAGAUGGGUCGGGAGAUGUUCUUGUUGAGAAUAUACUGUCCCAAGUUCAUAAAAUCGCCUCACCCGGCAUGUCUGUUAGAGUUGGUCGCCUAAGGUUCGGUCAUCUCGCCGGGCAGCUCGAAAGCUACCCGAUCUACCAGUACUCCGGCUCUCUCACCACCCCGCCGUGCACUGAAAAUGUGGCCUGGUUUAUCAGUUCCGAGCCUCUAGCUUUGAGUGUGAGGCAUUUCAAUGCUAUCAAGCACGUGCUAAAGUUCAACUCUCGCUAUACCCAGAACACUCCCAGUGAGAUUAACUUACUGGAGGUGGCUGCGGCGGAAUUGGAUCCAACCACUCAUGAGGUCAAGUCCGUGCAACACGAAUUGAGAUAA